AUUACUUCUCUAUUCCUCCCUCUUGGUUGUCAAGAAGAUGGCAGCUUCCAGGCAGGCAUGAGAGGGAAUACUUCUUCAAAAAUUGAAUGAACUUGGGCUACUGCUUUAAGAUAAGACCCUCAGCGCAUCUCAUUAGAAAUCGUGUAUCUAAAGAAAGGUUAUGUCUUCUUCCGGUUCCAUUGUUUCUGGGACCACUGGUGCCGUUUUGCAACCUCGAUGGAAGCGAGUUCUUGGAUGGUCUGGUCCUGUCCCUCGUCCCAGACAUGGACACAGAGCCGUUGCAAUAAAGGAAUUGAUGGUUGUGUUUGGAGGAGGGAACGAGGGAAUCGUUGACGAAUUACACGUGUAUAAUACAGCAACAAACCAGUGGUUCAUCCCUGCAGUUCGGGGUGACAUUCCCCCAGGCUGUGCCGCAUACGGAUUUGUUUGUGAUGGCACCAGACUGUUGGUUUUUGGCGGAAUGGUGGAGUAUGGAAAGUACAGCAAUGAUCUCUUUGAGUUACAGGCCAGUCGAUGGGAAUGGAAAAAGUUGAAACCCAAGGCCCCCAAAAAUGGUCCCCCACCUUGUCCUAGACUUGGCCACAGUUUUUCCCUGGUUGGGAACAAAUGCUACCUAUUUGGUGGACUGGCAAAUGAUAGCGAGGACCCCAAAAAUAACAUUCCCAGAUACCUGAAUGAUCUGUACACGUUGGAGCUUCGUGCUGGCUCCAGUGUGGUGGGCUGGGACAUCCCCAUCACAUACGGCAUCCUGCCGCCUCCUCGGGAGAGCCACACUGCCGUGGUGUACACGGAGAAAACCAGCAAGAAAUCUCGCCUUAUCAUCUAUGGAGGGAUGAGUGGCUGUCGCCUAGGGGAUUUAUGGAGCCUUGACAUUGAGUCCCUGACCUGGACCAAACCAUCAGUGAAUGGGACAUCCCCACUGCCCAGGAGUCUCCAUUCUGCCACUACCAUUACAAACAAGAUGUAUGUGUUUGGGGGAUGGGUUCCACUGGUUAUGGAUGAUGUCAAGGUGGCAACACAUGAGAAGGAAUGGAAGUGCACAAACACACUGGCCUGCCUGAAUCUUGACUCCAUGUAUUGGGAAACAGUUGUGAUGGAUACUCUGGAGGACAACAUCCCUCGGGCCCGCGCAGGACAUUGCUCUGUGGCUAUUAACUCCAGGUUGUACGUUUGGAGUGGACGAGAUGGUUACCGGAAAGCUUGGAACAACCAAGUUUGCUGCAAAGACCUCUGGUACCUUGAGACAGAGAGGCCACACGCUCCAGCGAGGGUGCAGCUUGUUCGUGCCAACACCAACUCUCUGGAGGUCAGCUGGGGAGCACUAUCCACAGCAGACACCUACCUGCUGCAGCUCCAGAAGUAUGACAUCCCGUCUGCUCCAGCUGCAACGUCACCAGCUCUGAGCGCCACCCCGUCCCUGCCAGGGAGCUCUCCCAGGAGUCCAGCCCCGGCCGCUGCUGCGCCGUCUGCCCAGAGCCUUCCACACGCAGGUAUCACUCCCUCUGCCCAGAGCCUUCCACACGCAGGUAUCACUCCCUCUGCCCAGAGCCUUCCACACGCAGCCAUCUUGAAGGUUGCAGCUCCUCAGUCUUGCACUGGGGCAUCUAUUGUCACUGUGCGCCCAAAUCAGGUUGGUAAAUCGCCUGUCACUGUGACAUCACUUCCUGCAGGAGUUCGCAUGGUUAUGCCUGCCCAAACCACCCAAGGAGCGCCAAUUGGCAGCAGCCCUCAGAUGAGUGGCAUGGCAGCGUUAGCUGCAGCUGCAGCAGCCACACAGAAGAUCCCACCCUCAUCACCAGGCACCAUGCUCGGCCUACCAGCAGGUGCCACUAUUGUCAAAUCAGUGGCAGUCUCUCCUGGCUCAACCACAGUCAAAAUGGCAUCUCCAGUCAUGGUGAGUAACCCAGCCACCCGUAUGCUGAAGACUGCUGCAGCACAGGUGGGCACGUCCAGUGUGUCGUCUCCCAACACAUCCACACGACCCAUCAUCACUGUGCACAAGUCUGGCACCGUCACUGUGGCCCAGCAGGCUCAGGUGGUCACUACAGUGGUGGGAGGAGUCACCAAGACCAUCACCCUGGUCAAGAGCCCCCUGACCAUGGGAAGCAGCGGGACACUGCAGAUCUCCAACCUUGGCAAGAUGAUGUCUGUGGUGCAAACCAAGCCAGUGCAGACAUCAGCUGUUACAGGCCAGGUUUCCACUAACCCUCUCACACAAAUCAUACAGACAAAGGGUCCUCUCCCAGCUGGCACCAUCCUGAAGCUGGUGACCUCAGCAGAUGGCAAGCCCACCACCAUCAUCACCACCUCCCAGGCAGGCACAGGGAAUAAACCAACCAUUCUGAACAUCAGUGGCAUGUCACCAACCACAACCAAGCAGGGCACCACAAUCAUCAAGACCAUCCCCAUGUCGGCUAUCAUGAGCCAGCCUGGAGCCACAGGUGUGACGAGCAGUGCAGGAAUGAAAACGCCCAUCACCAUCCUCACCACCAAGAUGAUGACCACUGGCACUGCUGGCAAAAUCAUAACGGCCAUGCCCAAGCUGGGAUCUGCAGUCGGCCAGCAGGGACUGACUCAGGUGGUUCUGAAAGGCGCUCCAGGCCAACCUGGCACCAUCUUGCGCACUGUGCCGAUGGGAGGAGUCAGAGUGGUCACCCCUGGUACCGUGUCUGCCGUCAAGCCCACUGUCACUACGCUGGUCGUCAAGGGAACUACCGGUGUCACAACUCUGGGGACCGUGACAGGCACUGUCUCCACCAGCCUGGCAGGGGGCAGUGUUGCCAGUGCCAAUGCCUCCCUGGCCACUCCAAUCACCACAUUGGGCACCAUUGCCACUUUGUCCAGCCAGGUCAUUAACCCCACUGCCAUCACUGUGUCAGCUGCUCAGACAAGCCUGACCACAGCUUCCUCUCUGCCCUCAUCCACUAUCACCAUGCAGUCUGUACCCCAGCCCACCCAGGUGACUCUCAUUACCACCCCCAGUGGGGUAGAGGCCCAGCCAGUGCAGGACCUCCCUGUGUCCAUCCUGGCCUCGCCUACCUCGGAGCAGCCCAGCUCCACAGAGGCUGGAUCUGGGGAUGGUACUGGCACUGUCACCCUGGUCUGCUCCAACCCCCCUUGUGAGACCCACGAGACAGGCACCACCAACACUGCUACAACAGCCUCCUCAAACAUGGGCGGGGUGCAGAGGGUCUGCUCCAACCCCCCCUGUGAGACACAUGAGACUGGCACCACCAACACUUCUACUCAGGCCUCGUCUAGUAUGGGUACUGGGCAGACUGGCACUGUGCAGAGAGUGUGUUCCAACCCGCCAUGCGAGACCCACGAAACGGGGACCACCAACACCUCUUCGACAGCCACAUCCAGCAUGGGUGGCAAUGAGACCACCACAGGAACAGGAUCAGUGCAAAGGGUGUGCUCCAACCCUCCCUGUGAAACCCACGAGACAGGCACCACAAAUACGGCCACCACUGCCUCUUGCAACAUGGAGCCUGGCGAGGGCACAGCCCAGCAGAGUGACGAAGGAGCUGGAAGUGCCACCAACACAGAGGUCCCCUCCACAGCAUCAGCUACCAGCGCAGAGGUCCCCUCUACCACAGCAUCAGCUACCAGCGCAGCCACCACCACCACCACCCAGGGCCGGGCCAUCACCACAGUGACCCAAUCCACCCCAGCCCCUGGACCCUCAAUACCUUCUAUUUCAUCCAUCAGUGCAGCGGCCUCCACAGAAGAGCCCAUGCAGACCGAGGAUGCUGCAUCGGCGGCAGCUGUGCCCAUGGAGGAGGGGGGCAUGCACUCAGAGAUGGGAGCAGAUGCAGCCGUGGGUCUGCCUCCAGAGCUGAUGUCAGAGGGCCAGGGCGCCACCCUCAUGGUGACGGGGCUGUCCGCUGAGGAGCUGGCCGUCACUGCAGCGGCUGAGGCAGCGGCCCAGGCUGCUGCCACGGAGGAGGCCCAGGCGCUGGCCAUCCAGGCUGUCCUCCAGGCUGCACAGCAUGCUGUCAUGAACGAGGGGGAAUCAGGCUCAGAUGGCCAGCAGUCCACCACCAUCCCCAUCGUGCUGACCCAGCAGGAGCUGGCCGCCCUGGUGCAGCAGCAGCAGCAGCUCCAGGAGGCCCAGGCCCAGGCUCAGGCAGCAGUCCAGCAGCAAGCAGCUGCCCCCCAGGCCAGCCUGCCCACUGAGGGCCUGGCCCCAGCAGACAGCCUCAAUGAUCCUGCCGCCGAGAGCAACGGGCACAAUGAGAUGGCUGCUGCAGCUGUCACCAGCGCUGUGGCCUCACUGCAGCCACGCACCUCUGAGACUCUAGCUCCCUCGAGCACGUUUGCACUGGCAACUGUGGCCAGUCCAGCCAAGCUGCAAGCUGCUACUGCAUUAACUGAGGUGGCCAAUGGCAUUGAGGGCGGGAAACAAACCCCUCAACCUGUCCCUAUGAAGAGCCUUGUAAAAAAAGAGAACCAGUGGUUCGAUGUUGGAAUUGUGAAGGUGACAAACAUGGUGGUCACCCACUUUUAUAUGCCAGGAGAUGACUCUCAAGUAGAGGAUGACUCGGGCAACAUGCCAGACUACACUCAGAUGAAGAAAAUGGAGCUGCAGUCUGGCACAGCCUACAAGUUCCGUGUUGCUGGCAUCAACGCUUGUGGUCGUGGAGCUUUCUCGGAGAUCUCGGCUUUCAAGACCUGCCUACCAGGCUUCCCUGGGGCACCGUGUGCCAUCAAAAUAAGCAAGAGCCCAGAUGGAGCCCACCUGACCUGGGAGCCUCCCUCUGUGACGUCAGGGAAGAUUAUUGAGUACUCUGUAUACCUGGCCAUUCAGAGCAGCCAGACAGCCGAGCCCAAGGCCUCCACCCCUGCCCAGCUGGCCUUCAUGCGCGUGUACUGUGGGCCAAACCCUUCCUGCCUGGUGCAGUCCUCCAGCCUCUCCAAUGCCCACAUUGACUACACCACCAAGCCAGCCAUCAUCUUCCGCAUUGCGGCCCGCAAUGAAAAGGGCUACGGCCCUGCUACACAAGUCAGAUGGCUGCAAGAGUCCAGCAAAGAUGGCGCCUCAGCUAAACCUGCCCCUAAAAGACCGGUAUCUUCACCUGAUGUCAGUAAGGCGAUUGGUCAAAAGAAAGCAAGAACGGACCAGUAAGAAAGCAAGACAUCACCCCCCCACCUGCUGUUUGCUCCCUCCAUCUUCAUCCUGAAUUCACCCCAACUUUUGACCCAGGUCCAACCAUCUACAGUGGCAAAUCAAAAGAGAACCCACGGCAUCAAUCUGACAUGUUUUUGCAAGAAAUUUCCAUUUUGUAGUUCAUACAAUUUUUUAAGUAACACAAAUGAAAAGCACAUUCUAGCUUUUUCUUUUGUCCUCCCAAAUCAUUUUGGCUUUGCGAGCUAGGUGCCUGCCUGAGCUUUGAUACUAUUGUUUAGUUUUUUACAUCUUUUGGGGAUGAUAACAGACAGGAGAGGAUGUACAGCUGAAGGUUGAUAAGGUAGGAGGAAUAAUCAACAUUGAAAACACAUCAAGCACUUGUCCUUCAAUAAAGGGGACAAAUCCCCCCUCCGAAGAAAUUUGCUUCAUCAAGAAACCAAUCUGUACAGACAUCAUUCUGGACUCCUGGUAAUGUCAUCACUGUGCGCUUUAACCCUGAGAGGAGGACUGAUGGCAGAUGCCUGGAAGUGGACAGAGGAAUGAGGAAGGAGGAGUUUUGUAAAGGACAGACUUUGAUAGGACUGAGACUUGCAGCACACAAAAAUCUUGCAAAAUCUUCCCCAAAAAUGGCAGGCAAUGCUAAUAGCAGGAAUGCUGAAGAUCUUUGUGUAGUUUAUUUUUGUAUUUUUAAAGCUUUUCUUGUGUGUAUGUGUAUGUCAGUGUGCAUUUUGUUUUGUUUUUUACACUAUUGUUCAACCCCAUAGUUGAAGUGUUUGUGGGAGGAGGGGUGGCGGAGUUGAGGUAGCCACUGUAUUUUAAAUCUUGGUUCAAUCAGUUGUAUGUUGUUUUAUCGGAGAGUAUGAAAAA